AUGUUACGAUGGCCGGAUCUCGUUCGUGACACCCGCCUCAGCACGAAAGUCGAAGACGAUGUCACGAUCCACCACCACGAGGACUCAGACGAUGAGAACAACGCUCGGUCGACAUGGCGAGAGGAACGCUGGAAGGCGACGGUCCGUCUGGGCUACGGCGGUUGUGGUAGCGUCUGGCUGCAGGAAUGUGUCGAUGGAAAGCGAGGGAUCGACAGGCGUGCCGUCAAAGUCAUUCCUCGGAUGAAACUCAAAGACAAGAAGGACAACUAUGUGUCUGAACUGGAGGCUAUUGCCAAGUUCUCGCAAAAACGUUACUCAAAGUGUUUUGUCAAAUUCCUCGGGUGGUAUGACGAUGACGCCUCGAACCUUUAUAUCGCCAUGGAAUACUUUCCUCUUGGAGACCUGCAAAAGUAUAUGGACAAGCCUGGGCUCAUAGAUGAGGCGGAUGUACGCGAGAUAUCGUUCCAGGUGCUUGAAGGGCUGUCUUACAUGCACCGGGAAGGGUUCGCCCAUCGGGACAUCAAGCCUGAUAAUGUUCUUAUCCGGUCACAGCCACCAACAAGUAAGUGGUGGGUCAAGAUUAGCGACUUCGGCAUCAGUAAACGCGUCGAAGGGCCCAACAAGGUAGUGUCAAGUAUCAAGGGCACGAUUCCGUAUAUGGCCCCAGAACUUCUCUUUCAUGAGCCAAGCAGUCCAAAUCCAGUCGACCAUCAAGCGGCCGACAUGUGGGCACUUGGCGAGAUGGCAUAUCGCCUUCUAACCAAGACGGCCGUUUUCCCUACCCAAAACGCAAUGAUCAGGUAUCUAGUGGAUACAAACUUGUUUCCUACAGACAAUCUCGACAAGAGAGAUGCAAGUUUGGAUGCAGUCUCCUUCAUUCGCGCGCUUAUGGAGCCUCAUCCUGAUAAACGCCUUGCAUCGGAAACGGCCAUGGAGCACGCCUGGGUUGCACCUUUACAGGGCUAUAGGGCACAUGUCUUUAAAACGUCAACACCCAUACCAUUGGAUUCAUCUGUUCCAAGCCGCCAGCCUGUACCAGCUCUUAAUUCGAACUCUUGGGCCACAGCAUCGACUACUAGUUCCAGCUAUCAACCAUAUACAAGAGCUCCGGGGAUGAGUAAUGCUUCAUCUCUACAGAUGUCGUCCCCUGUACACAGCGGCAAAGAAAUUGAGACGACACAAAGUUCAGACGCGAAUAACACUACUGAGGAUAGCAUCUAUGAGCCUGUGCUUGAUGUACCCCAAGUUUCUGUCGGCCCUUUGAGAGUUUCCCAGGCUCUGCAGUCAUCAUCUUCUCAGCAGCCGCAGACUCGUUCACAGCCCCCUCCCCUAAAGAUGCCCUGGCCCCGUUCUGCACUUCCUCAAGGACCUCCGCCAGUCCGGUUAGGCCACAGCCGUUCCCAGUCUGUGCAAGGAACCUCCUCGACAGAACCACGCUCACAAGAUCUGAUCGAGCGCCCAAAGAGUGUGCAAGCCCCUCGCUGCACGCAGUGUUCAACUCCCUUCAGCUCCACCAACCAGAAAUACCAAUGCCCUAACUGCAAAAGCCUCUUCGAUGACAAAUGCUCUAGUCAAAAGAUAACGAUGUGGUGGGUGGGCCUCGAACCGGUCAGAGUUGAUGAUGAAUGUUUCGCCAAGUUGUCUGGAGAAAAGCUACUAGUUGAUGAGACUUUCGACCUUUGUCCUUAUCUAGAAAAGAUAAAACGCGAACUCUUCGACGAAUACGCGAUGAUUCGGAAUAGGCGUUCUCCUGGGAAGAUUAAACCUUUACCCAAAACCCCGGUAGAAGCAAGACGUCGUAAAGGGACAGAAAAACUCGAGGAGCGUGAGUUCGACCGGCUGCUCUCCGCCUUGGACAUCUAUUGGCCAACAAAACCCUCAAAGGACGACUAUAACGAUCCAAAAAUCUAUGAAAAGGAAUUCGGUAAAUACGUACGCGAAGUUGAGCAGAACCUUGAGAUGAUGGAAAAACGCGCAAUACACGAUCAAGAGCAGCGUGCGAAGAAGGCCGAUGCUAGGUCUGCUGGACAGAAAUUGAAGGAUCUUUUCAAGUUUACUGGUGAAGAAAAGAAGGGGGCUGUUUAGGUGAGACGAGACAGAUGAUAAAUGGACAUCAUUCCUGGCUUCAAAGUCUAUUCUUGUCUAACAAGGCACCUUCAUCUCCCUU